AUGUCGUGGAAAAAGAGCGAGAAGUUGAUGGACACCAUCAGGCAUUAUGCAAGCUUCCCUGCCACCGGGGUAAGCUUGCGCCAGAUGGUCCAGUUUGGCGAGAAGCCAUCCAGUGGUACCCUAUUCCGCGCCUCACAGUUCCUCGCCGAAGAGCUCCCCAUACGGCUCGCCCACCGCGUCCAGGAGCUCGAGACGUUGCCCGAUGGCCUUAAUGAGAUGCCAUCGGUGAAGAAGGUGGCAGAUUGGUAUGCGCAGUUCGUUCGAGGUAUGGUUUUUACAGAAGGCUGUUGUCGCUUUGAAAUCACAACACUACCAAGACCGAACCUCGCCAGAGAUGUACGAGAGAGAUUAAUGAAGCCCGCGCAAAUAACCGGAGGGAAAGGAAACCAAUGGCUGAGCGAGGCGACACCGAACCCAAGCAUCGAGGAGGGCCAGUACAACUCGUGGACGCCAGUGUCGCAGCAAAACGCCGUCAACAAUGGCUGGUCAAAGGGGAAGUUCCCCGCAACAAGAAGAUACUUCGCUAUGGUCGACGACACGGGAGACUGGCCGCCCGAGCUGCAGCUUUACAACAAGAGGUUCGCCCAGACACUGCACCGCAUCAAGAGGAGACACGAUAGCGUCGUGACCACCAUGGCGCAGGGCAUCCUCGAGUGGAAGCGCAAGCGGCAACGGAUGCAGAUCGACAACAAUAUCCAGUCAUUCCUCGAUCGCUUCUACAUGUCACGCAUCGGCAUCCGCAUGCUGAUCGGGCAGCACAUCGCCCUGACCGAUCAGAGCCACUACCGGGACCCGUCCUAUGUCGGUAUUAUCUGCACCAAGACGUACGUCAAGGACUUGGCUCAGGAAGCCAUCGAGAACGCGCGUUUUGUCUGCGAGGACCACUACGGCCUGUUCGAGGCGCCCAAGAUCCAGCUCGUGUGCAAUCCUAACUUGAACUUUAUGUACGUGCCUGGGCACCUGUCGCACAUGCUCUUUGAAACGCUCAAGAACUCGCUGCGUGCGGUUGUCGAGACGCACGGCCAGGACAAGCAGGAGUUUCCCGUCACGAAGGUGAUUGUGGCCGAGGGCAAGGAGGAUAUCACGAUCAAGGUUUCGGACGAGGGCGGCGGUAUACCGCGCAGCUCGAUCCCGCUUGUUUGGACGUACAUGUACACCACUGUCGACAGGACACCAAACCUGGACCCUGAUUUCGACAAGAGCGACUUUAAGGCUCCCAUGGCGGGUUUUGGGUAUGGGUUGCCGAUAAGUCGUCUGUACGCGAGGUAUUUCGGUGGGGACCUUAAGCUGAUCAGCAUGGAAGGGUAUGUUCAUUUUCUUCCCCCUUUUCAACUGUCACAGCAUACUAAUUUCGGCCAACAGCUACGGCACAGACGUCUACCUCCACCUCAACCGCCUGUCCAGCUCGUCGGAGCCACUCCAAUAGCAACCAGUCGUCAUGAGGGGUGCUAG